UUCUACAACUAAACUUGGAGGGGAAUAGCCAGUACCAAAAAUAAUGGAAUUCCAUCUUCUUCCCUUCAACUUCACCACUCUCUUGUUUUUCAUAUCCUUCGUCUUUCUCUUAAUUAAGGGAUUCAAGAAAUCGAAGUCCGUUAACAAGAACGAAAAAUUGCCUCCAAGUCCAUGGAAGCUGCCUUUGAUCGGAAACAUGCACCAUUUGGUAGGUGCACCCCCACAUCAUGCUCUAAGAAAGGUAACUAAAAAGUAUGGUCCGGUCGUGCAUCUGCAGCUCGGUGAAGUUCCUGCAGUUGUUAUAUCGUCACGCGAAGCUGCUAAAGAUGUGCUAAAGGUUCAUGAUCCUGCUUGUGCCGAUAGGCCAGAGAGUAUCGGAAGUAAGAUUAUGUGGUACGACUAUACCGAUAUUGCUUUUAGUUCUUACAACGAAUACUGGAGGCAAAUGCGUAAACUAUGCAUUUUGGAGCUCUUAAGCACCAAAAAUGUCCGAUCAUUUGGCUCCAUAAGGCUAGAGGAGGCUGCGCAACUUUUGAAAAUCAUCCAGUCGUCUUCUGGGAAACCCAUCAACCUAACUGAUAGAAUAUUCUCAUUUACAAGUUCAAUGACGUGCAGAGCAGCAUUCGGUGAAGUACUGAAAGACAAAGACGCUUUGAUAAUGCUGAUGAAGGAAGGAACAGCCAUGGCCGGAGGUUUCGAAUUGGCUGAUUUUUUCCCUUCUUCAAAGUUGCUACAAGUCAUGAGUUGGAAUAAAAGUCGAUUAUGGAAGAUGCGCGGUAAGCUUGACAAAAUUCUUGACUCCAUGAUCAAUGAGCACAGAAAUAACCUAGCUAAAACCAAUAGAGGCAAUGGGCUGUUGGGUGGUGAAGAUAUAGUCGACGUUCUACUCAGAUUACAACAAAGUGGAGAACUUUCUAUUCCGAUAACUAACGACAACAUCAAAGCAGUCAUUUUUGACUUGUUUUCGGCUGGAACUGAAACUUCAUCCACCACAAUCGAUUGGACCAUGGCAGAAUUGAUGAGAAAUCCACGUGUGAUGGCAAAGGCGCAGGCCGAAAUAAGAGAAAUUGCUAAGGGAAAGGGGACAUUCGAAGAGAGUGAUGUUCAAUCGCUAAAGUAUCUCAAGUUGGUGAUCAAGGAAACUUUUAGGCUACAUCCUCCAAUUCCUUUACUUCCAAGAGCAUGCAGGGAAGAAUUUAAAGUUAAUGGAUAUACAAUACCCCUCAAAACCAAAGUGAUGAUUAAUAUCUGGGCUUUGGGCAGAGAUCCAGAUUAUUGGCCUGAAGCAGAAAGCUAUAAACCAGAGAGAUUUGAGAACAAUUCAGUAGAUUUCUUGGGAAGUAACUUUGAAUUUCUUCCAUUUGGAGCAGGAAGAAGGUUCUGCCCUGGAAUGAACUUUGGCUUAGCCAAUAUUGAGCUUCCUUUAGCUCAACUUCUCUACCAUUUUGACUGGAAACUUCCUAAGGGAAACAAAGUUGACAUGUCCGAGGGAGAAGGAAUAACUGUGCCGAGGAAAAAUGGUCUUUACUUGAUUCCCACGCCCUACAACUCCUCCAUUGAUGGCUAAAUGUUAAGCCAACAAAAGGAGGAUUGAGGGAGGUUCUGAACUUGUUUACAAAUGAAUAAGCAUGUUCCUAGCUUUUAUUUUUUUAUUUUAUCUCAAUAAUUUCCUAGGUUACAUUAAAGUUUCAUUUUCAUGUUCUGAUUCAUGUACUUCCCUUUCACUGCUGUGAUCUUUGUAUCAUUGUCAUGUAGACCCAACUUCUAUAUAUGGAUAAUAUUUUGAGCUAUC